AUGUCAGACCCAGUCCUUCCCAGCACAAAAACAGAAGCCCUCUACCAGAAACACGGGCGCAUGUACACCCACACCGCGCCCAUCAGCAGCGUGCAGCCGCUCUCCACACUCCCCGCAGACGCACAAGCCCUCUUCAAACCCCCACCAGAGAGCUCGCCGUUCAUCCUGACAACGCCGCGCACAAUCUUCCACGCUCAGGGCGGCGGCCAGCCGUCAGACACGGGCUGCAUCUCCGCCGCCGGCGUCGAGUUCCGCGUCCACCAGGUCCGCAAGCUGGGCCCGAGUAUCCUGCACAUGGGCGUGUUUGCGGUCGAACGCUUCGGCGAUGCUGCGCAGGGCACGCAGGAAAUCGACGUCGCAAAACGUGUGCUGCACUCGCGCAUACACACCGCGGGCCACGUGAUUGGACUCGCGGCCGCGGCGCUGCGGGACGCUGGGGCGCUGGACGCGAGUAUCGUGGACGGCAAGGCGUCGCACUACCCCGGCGCAUCGUUUGUCGAGUUCAUCGGCUUGAUUCCCGGCACCGCAAAGGCCGCGCUGCAGGAUAAGACGGACGAGCUGGUUGCGCGCGACUUGCCGGUGCGGAUCCAUUUCUGGGACGAGGCGCGCGCACGGCGCGAGUGCACGGGCGUGCUGGACAGCUUUAAGCAGGACGAGGAUGGCGUGCGGGUCGUUGAGAUUGGGGACGCGGGGAGCUAUCCGUGUGGCGGGACGCAUGUCGAGACGACCAAGGGGUGUGGGCGGAUUGUGAUUCGGAACAUUAAGCGGCAGAAGGGCGUCACAAAGGUGUCGUAUGAGGUGCAGGAUGCAUGA